AUGACCCAGGAUGUUUCUCUGAUUGAGCCUGCCAAAGUGCGGACUUUGGUGGUACCGGUAGGAGAAUGGACUCGAUCCCGUUUCAUGGAGAAGGUUGGCGAGCUUCAGGAGCGCUUUGAGGCUCGACUGGUCGAUAUAACACCACUAGAGGAUCCCAAUUUCAAUCCACAGGGGUUUCCUCAGGGGAGGCUUCUGUUUGAUUUCCACACAACUCUGAGUAACGAAGAACAAGCGUUUUUUCUGCACGAUUUUGAACUGUACAGGAAGACAUUCGUACUCAUUGGGCUCGUCAACAAGGAACUUCGGGCUCCACAAGAGGCACUCGAGCUGCUGCAAAAGAAAUUUCCUGAUUCUAUUUCCCACAACCUUGUUUAUUUCGAGGACUUACCGGUUGACGACUCCAAAAACAUACAUUGUGCAUUUAACUCGAGCUUGGAGACGAUCAUCUGUGAUAUCGGGAGGAAUUUCCUGGAAGCACUGGGCCUUUACUACGCUUCGUACAAACAUGUGACGCUGCGGUCUCCGGGCGCCAUGGGAGGCGCUUCGAUCUCAAAGACUGCAUUGAUGCGUCAACCACAAUUGACCACAACCUCUUCAUCAUCUUCGAGAAUUUUAUCAAAUUCUCUAGACACCAAUACGGGCUCAUCACUAAAGCGAAGUACGUCGUUCAAGUCGUUAGGACUCAAUUCUGGCUCUUCUGACCAAAUGAAAGCCAAAGCUCGCCAAUAUAAGAUUUUCGGCAAUUUCAAGUUACUGGCUGGUAGAUACAUGGACGCCAUGCAAAACUUUGCCGAAGCAGCCUCUACACUACACAAAUUUCAUGAUCACAUUUGGCUGGGUAGCGCCUUAGAGGGACUUGCAAUUUCCAUGCUUUUGCUAACUUAUCUGCGUGUCCCCUUUCAGGUACCUCCCUUCGUUUCUGCCAUUUGUCCUCUCAAAGAGUUUGAAGCAAAUAGCUCUCAAACAGGGAGUGCACCGCGGAGCAGCAUGGCUUCCGCAAGUGUCCAAUCGCCAAGGAACUCGAUGAGUUCAAUUUCCUCAAAAAUUGCUGUUAUAGAGUCCCAAAAUGUGGCCUUGCCACUACUGAUAAAAUGCAUUAGCGAAAAAGUCUUGCAUUAUUACGAAGUAAGUUUAUCUCACAAUACCGAAUUCGCCCCACAAAUUGUGUAUUGUGAACACAUAUUACGCGUUGCCCGGUUUAUGUCAUACUGUCAUUCUCAUUCAGAACUUGAGAAGGAUCUUUUAAAAAACGGAGCCAACUACCAGCCGGUCGCCUCGGAAUUGAACUUGGGUGGGAGUUCACUGAAAAACUAUUUUUCAAAGUGGGAAAUAUGUCACUAUACCAAUCGUCUAUUUGAACUGCAGCUCAAGCAGAUGGACCUUGGCUCUCAAAUAAAGGUUUACACUUCCCUAGCACUUAUUUACAGGGAUUUGAACUUUGAGCGAAAACAAGCUUUUAUUUCCAGGAUUCUUCUUGUGAGCUUACUGCCACGCCACGCAUCUGAGUCCUUAUUAAUACACGGUGAUUUGCACAACAACAAAGUUGAAUGCUUACUUGAGGCUUAUGGUGUUAAUCGGAGUCCUGAAAAAUCUAUCGACGAUGCUGCGAGAUGUUCUUGGGUGAUUCUCCAGAAGAAUGUUUUGAUGCUGGCUAUUAACAUGGCUUCUAAGGCUAAAGACGGACAGAAAGUUUGUGAAUAUUCAUUGCUACUCUUGCAAAAAUACUCUCAUGCUCUCACGCAACAUGAGCAAAAGACGAUACUUCAAAAUAAUAUUUUGGCCUUUUCAGCUACUACAAAAGAUAUAGCGUAUUGGGACCCAUUUGUAUUAAGGAAGCUCUAUAUUGUCCAACUUGAGAAUCACAAAGUUGUUCCGCAGAAAAAGCUCAUUAGUAAUGGUAAGGAUCAAGAAAUUACCCAGCAUAAUUCCCAGGUUUUCAAUCCUUUCCGAAACUAUGGAGUGCGUGAUACAGCGUCAAAGCCAAAAUCGGCAACAGCUGCAUCUAGUUUUUUACUGGGAGAGACGGCGGAAAUGGUGUUAGGCUUCCAAAAUCCUUUCAAGUUUGAUUUGAUUGUGACCCAUCUUUCGUUUGAGGAAUGUGACAAGCAGUAUGUCGAUUUUUUGAGCAGUAGCGUGAGACGAGAACUACCUUUCACCGUAAAGCCCAAUUCUUUGGCAUCCAUUCACCUGCCUGUCUCUUUCAGCAAAGAAGUCAGCACUAAGCAUGUUAUCCAACGCCUAAAUAUUGGAGUUUUUGGCCUUGAGCCGACGCCAUUCAAUAUAGUUACGGCAGAAAGAAUGCGAAACGAAAGUUCAGAAGAAAGUGGUAGGGGUAAGUAUGGAACCUUUGAGUUCAGAGUUAUUCGAGAACAACCGGAUUUGGAGUUUGUUGGUAGUACUUUUAACGAUAAUUGCCAAAUGAUGUUAGAAGGCACCAAAGAAACGUUUAAAAUUGUUUUAAGGAACCAGUCUCUUAGCCAAUCUGCCAAUUACUUGCAUUUUAGUCACACAACUAAUAUUGAAACCAACCUAAGUGUGGAUUACUGGAAGAAGUUACCACCGGACGAUCUUUAUGACGUGGAAAAGCAGCUAAUAUGGCUGAAACAAGACUGCUUGAAGAUAUGUGACAUCCCUGAUGAAAUCGCUGCGAAUUCUAGUAUAGAGCUAACCGUUGAUCUUGAUAUAACACAGGCUCCAUUUGAUUUCAAGAACUUCGAUAUCAUUAUCGAAUAUGGGUUUAGACCAGCCCAUGACGACCAUUUUGCCUUCACCAAAACACUUACCAUACCUUUCAACAUAACCUUGAAAAGGAGUUUGGAGGUUUCCAGUCUAGAGGUGAUUCCAUUGCCUGAGCCGUUUCCGGCUGGUGAUAACAGCAUACUACAUGCUUCUGAUACAGAAAAGCUUAACUUUAAUAAAGGUGCUCUUCUACUGUUGGACAUUCGCAAUUCGUGGGAUGAAAGUGCUACCGUGCGCUUAUGCUGUGAUAAAUUCUCUAGCAAUCCACAAACGUUAACUGCUCAGAGUACCAAGAGAUUUGUUGUUCCUAUAGAAAAGCUGGAUGCAUCCUUUUCGUGGAGCUCCAAAGAAAUACCGAAGCUCGUAGGGGGACGCCAGUUUGUCAGUAGCGGAAUGACUCGAGAUCAAGUAGUUGCUAUGCGAAGAAAUUUUUGGUGUCGCGAAAUACUCCUUCAGUUCCUGAAAUGCGAGUGGAAAUUUCACGAUGUACGUGCCACCCAUGGCGAAGUGUGCUUUCGUCAACAUCUCGAUAAGGUCGACGCUCGAACCGUGGACAUACUGUGCCAGCAGCGAGAUGCUCCGUAUCACGUGCAAAUCUCUUCUCCUCAAGCUACAAUAAGAAUGGGCGAAACACUGAAGCUUACGGCGUGCGUCACAGCCAAUACGCAUCAUCCAAAGUACGCUGAAGGAAUGGUUCAGCUAGAUUUCUUACUCUACAACCGUCACACGGGACUAGCGUUGCCAAAAUCUAAUACCAGAUUACUAUACAAUGGUCAGCUUUCUCAUCUUGUGGACCCCACUACAGGUAUUGCAGUCAAUCUGGACAUUCUGCCCAUUGAUACAGGAGAGUUUGAGGUAGGAUGUUGUGUUGACGAGACUCAUUUUAAUGAUGAGCCUGUAUAUUUUCGUGUUGAACGAUCUCAUUAA